AUGGGUAUAAAUCUCCAUCGUAUACAGCGACCUUCCCGUUCCCCUUCCACUUCUCAGUCACAUUCCAAUUCACCACCUCCAAACCCAUCAUCGAUAGCAAAUGGACGAUCAGGCUUAGAUACCUCCCGACCUAUCUCACCUUCUAUAGGUAAUCAACCGAGGGAUGGGUCGGUGGAUACUUCCAAUCAGAGUGUGCUUCAGUUGUUCAAAGAGGAUUAUGUAUCUUGUAGGAUAUAUAUGAAGGAGAUGGACUAUAGGGAGGCGUUGAGGAAGGCUUUGAGGAGACAUAUGUAUAAGUGGUACGCAAUCCUGGUCAUAGCAAUAGUCUUAACGGCUUUGAUCACCUCGAAACACGAGACGAUAGUUGAAUUCUGUGAACCCGUGACGAGAACGAUAAGGGAAUGGCCGGGAGGUUGGCUAAUACCGAUAGCUAUAUUGAUUGUGGUUUCGUUUCCUCCCUUGGUGGGACAUGAGAUCAUCGGAAUACUAUGCGGUCUAGUCUAUGGACUAUGGGUUGGCUUUGCUAUUUUAGCUGCAGGAACUUUCCUGGGUGAAAUAGCAACUUGGAUAGCGUUCAAAUGGUGUUGUCAGGGUAGAGCAGCCAAGUUCGAGAAGAAAAACAAGUUAUAUGCUUCCUUGACACAGUCGAUACGAGAGAAGAGCUUCAUGUUCACUCUGGUCCUUCGAUUCAGUGCCGUACCCGGCCAUAUAGUCACCGCUGUUAGUGCUUCGGCAGGUGCCAAUUUCUGGAUGUACCUGGCUGCUGCUUUCUUGACACUACCCAAACAAUUCACCAUCGUCUACCUUGGUAAAGCCUUCGGGACUCAAUCCCGCAAAAACACCAUCAUCUCCAUCAUCACCACUGUCCUAACGCUUAUCGGUACAGUGGUCGCCGCAGUGUACAUCUAUUACCAGAUGCGAAUUGUCAUGCGACGGAACGCAGCUAUGACUUUACCUACAACCAUCGUAGAAUCGGAAACAUCCAUGACAAUGUCCGAGUUCCACGAUGAGAAACGAGGAUCUACCGCCUUGGAUACUUCAAACAACCUACAUGCUAGGAGACCGUGGUUGUAUACCAAUCAUAGUACGGUAAGCAGUGUGAAUGGAAGUGGAUUUAGGACACCGACAAGGAGCUGGUCAAUGCCUGGACACAUGAACGAAGAGGAAUUGAGAGAAUGGGUUAAAGAAAUGGAAUAUGAACAGUCUGCCAACUCCCAGCUGAAUGACCUCUCAACACCAGCUAUCAAGAUAGAUGAUGACCGUGGUUCAAACAAUGCUGCAGCGGUAUUCGAUAACCUACCUUCAGUAUUUACGCCUAGUCUCGAACCUCCCCAAUUCAACUUUUCAACUAGGUCUCUAUCACCUAGUGGGACAAGCACACCGGCGUAUACGGAGACUGAUAAUCUUGUUUCUACUUCGGUCGAAGAUCUCAAUACGAAUACUACCACUUAUCCACCACAGAAAAGAGGAGAAUCAUCGACACCUAAACCUACUUUUGACAUAUCAGUUACACCGCCCAGAAAGGUUCUGGGAGGCAGGGAGAUAGCAGACGAAUCUGAUUUAUAUGCAAUUUCAAAGGGAGGUAAAAGACCAGAGUAUGGAAGGAUGAGAGGUGAUUCAAGAGCUGCAUUGUUAGGUAGAAGUGGAGUGGACGAUACGAUCUUGGAGAGUAGUACGAGUCCAAGUUGGAAAAGAGAUUAUACCAGAUCGAGAGGAGAUAGUGGAGUUUCUUUGUUGUCUCGACCUACGUCCGAUGAUUUGGGAGAUGCCUUGGUCAGUUGGAAGAAGAAUUACGCCAAUGGAGGAGCAGGAGCCAGAGGGAGAGGUGAUUCCGGGGCGGCUUUGCUUGGUAGACCCACUUCGACUGAUCUGGAUAUGAAUAGGAAUAGCCUGGUGGAGGAGAGGCGAAAGUCCGAGGAUAGUAAAGGGGAGGAAGUGUUGAAGGAUGAUUUAUAG